AUGUAUUCAGAAAUCCUUGAUUAUAUUGAAAAGGAAGUUAACAACUCUGUCAAUACUUCGAUCAAUAAUAUAAGCAAGUUAGAUGACAUUCCGCAUGAUUUAUUGUACCUGAUCACACAAGAAUAUAAUAAAAAUCAAGGAUUAAAGCUAUCACAGAACAAAAAAGAUCUACUAGCCAAGAACAUAUAUGACUUGGAACAAGAAUUAAGACGUUCACAAAUUUUACAAAUAAAUGAGUUCGUUGGGGAAGUACCUAAAUAUUCGAUUGGUACAGAAAUAUUGAAACAGAAUGCAAAGUCGAAAGAUCUAAAUGACUCCAUAUCUAUAAACAAAUUAAUAUCUGAUAUAUUCAACUUACCACAAAUGUCUUUAGUUCGUGGCCUAGACGAAGAUACUGAAGAUGAACAAGAAAAAAAAUAUUUAACGACAUUAAAUGAAUAUAACAACAUUAGAGAUGAGUUAACUAAUAAAUGUACCGCUAUAAUAUAUGGUGAGAGUAUCUUAAAAAAUAUACAUGAAGACACUGAAAUCUUAACAACUUUAUUUAAGGCAAUUGAACAAUUCCAGGGAUCUGAAACUCAAAAUAAUGGAAAUUCAAAUCCAUCUACAUAUUUAAAUAACUACAAUUCAGAUCUAAAAAGAAACCUACAAGAACUAGAACUACUCUUAGAAGAAACAGUCAAGUCACGAUCUGUUACAAAAGUAACCAAAGAGAAAAUAGAUACACUUUUUAAUAAUUUAUAG